AUGGCGCCAAUAGUACCAGAAUUUUACCGAGGAAAAUCAGUCUUCAUUACAGGAGGAACUGGUUUUGUGGGAAAAUGCAUCAUAGAGAAGUUGCUUCGAAGUUGUCCAGAUAUUGACAGUAUCUAUAUUCUGAUGAGACAGAAGAAAGGUGUCAGCUCUGAAGAUCGUCUUAGAGAUCUCAUCACUCAGAAGGCAUUCGACCUAAUUCACAAACAAAACCCGGACAACUUCAAGAAACUGAAGGUCAUCAACGGUGACAUCACAGAAGAGAAUCUUGCCAUUUCAGAGGAGGACAGAAGAACGCUUCAGAAGAAUGUUAAUAUUAUAUUUCACAGUGCUGCAUGCGUUAGGUUCGACCAGAAGUUGAAAGAUGCUGUAAAUAUGAACACAACGGGCACUUGGAGGGUACUAUCUCUUGCUGAAACCAUGGAGAAAUUAGAGGUUUUUGUACAUCUAUCUACAGCGUACUGCCGCUGUGAUUUGGAUGUUCUGGACGAAAAGCUGUACAAAGCUGUACAUAAUCCCAGGAAGAUCAUGGACAUCGUCUCUUGGAUGGAUGACGAGACGCUUGAUCACUUGGAGCCAAAGUUAAUAGAAUCAGAGCCGAACACAUACUCCUACACGAAAGCGAUUACUGAAGAUUUGGUUUGUGAGUACAGUGAGAAAUUUCCCAUAGCUAUCGCAAGGCCCUCUAUUGUUACAGCGGCUUUAAAGGAACCUUUGGUUGGAUGGGUGGAUAAUAUCAAUGGUCCCACUGGACUGGUCAUAGGAAGUGGUAAAGGUGUAAUAAGAACCAUGCAUUGUGAGCCUUCCUACAGCGCUGACGCCAUAUCUGUGGACAUUGUAGCAAAUGCCUGUAUUCUGAUUGCUUAUGCAACAGCCCAGGACAAAAAGAAAGAGGCACAAUUCUAUAAUCUCACACUAUCUGGUGCUAUAAAACUGACCUGGGGAAAGAUCAUACAACUUGGAGAAAAAUGGGUGAACGAGUAUCCAUUCUCUGUGGCUUUAUGGUACCCUGGAGGUUCAAUAAAAUCAUACAAAUUCACCCAUCAGAUAGACACGUUCUUUACCCAAACGCUGCCCGCUUAUCUUGUGGACGCUUUACUGUUUCUCCUUGGGAAGAAGACCUUUAUGGUUAAACUUCAAAAACGAAUACAGAAUGGGAUAAGCGUCAUCCAGUAUUAUACAACCAAGGAGUGGAACUUCAAAAAUAGUAACUAUAAAGGUCUUCGGCAGCGCGUCACGAAGGAAGAUGAUGUGCUGUUCUUCACCGAUCUCUCAGUCAUUGAACCUGACACCUACUUGAAGAAUUAUGUUCUGGGUAUAAGAGAAUUCGUAUGCAAAGAAGACCCUUCGACACUGCCAAGGGCGAAGAAGUUGCAUAUGAUCCGUUAUUUUGCCGAUAGGAUCCUAAAAUUCGUCUUCCUUUGCCUCUUCGCUUGGUUCCUGUACAGCAAUUCCAGCAUAUUUACAUCUUCUGUAGAACUUCUAGAUAAUACACUGAAGAGUUUACCUCCUAUCAACCAAGUUAGAGCACAGGAUGUAAUCACUAAUUGUUCAUAG